GAGCUCGUGACGUCGAAAGGACCGUCCGCGCCGCCUGUUUGUCACCCUGCGCGCGCGAAACCUCCGUCGCUGCUGGUGCCGCGCGCCGCCGCGCGAUGGCAACAUACAAGGGCAAGACCUACGGGCGCGAACCGGAGGCGAGCGAGGAGUACCUGCCGCUGCGGCCGCCCGAGUGGAUCCCCGACGCGUCCGCGCCGGCGUGCAUGGCGGCGACGGACCUGGGCGUGGCCUGCGGGCGGCCCUUCGACGCGUUCCUCGAGUGGCGCCACCACUGCCGCUUCUGCGGGCGCGUCGUCUGCGGGGCCUGCAGCCGGCGGAAGAUGCUGCUGCCCGGCGAGCGGUGGGCGCCGUACGCGGAGGCGGACUUCGACUUUUCCGAGCCCCGGCGCGUGUGCAACUACUGCUGCGAGACGCUCAAGCCCUUCCAGAAGCGCUGGGCCCAGCGCGUCGCGCGGAGCCACCGGCCGGCCAUGGGCACGGAGGACGAGACGCUCCGCUACAUGAACAUCCCGCUCCCUUUCUAUGAGUCGGACGCGCUCGAGCAGGAGGUGCAGAAGGCGGCGUUCUCGCUGAAGAAUUUGACGGAGGGGCUGAACUACUGGAGCGGCGACGAGGCCUACGUGCACCGGGCGCUGCACGGCGCGCGCGGCGUGCUCUUCGUGACGACGCUCAAGGCGGCGUUCAUCGGCGGCAUCUCCUUCGGGAGCGGCCUCGUCGUCGCGCGGCGCGACGACGGCACCUGGAGCCCGCCCUGCGCCGUCGGGACCUACGGGCUGACCUUCGGGGCCGUCGUCGGGGCCGAGGUCACGGACUCGGUCACGGCGCUGGGCGACGUCGCGUUGGCGGAGCUCUGCGACGAGGCCGCGGCCAAGGUGAGUUUAGGCGGCGCGGCGUCGCUGGCUUUAGGUCCCCUGGGCCGCACGGGCGAGGCGGCGACCCUCGUGUCGGAGACGGGCCGCACGGCGCAGCAGGCGUCCUACAGCCACAGCCGCGGCUUCUUCGGCGGCGUCACCGUCGACGGCGCGUACGUGACGGUGCGCCGCGACGUGAACCACGCGUUCUACGGCGAGUCCGUGUCGGCCGACCGGCUGUUGCGGGACACGUCCAUCCCCCAGCCCAACGGCGCCGCCGAGCUCUACGCGCAGCUCCACAAGUACAUCGCCGUGAACCACGACUACGUCGUCAACGGCGCGCCCGCGGCGCGCGACAGGUCGCCGGGCCGGCUCCGCGCGUCGAGCCUCGAGGACGACGCGGACCUGAGCGACCACGUGCGCGCGCCGGCGCCGGCGGCCCGGAGCGACCCCUUCGCGGCGACCUUCGACAACGGGCCCCGACAUACCGCGUUCGCCGCCGCCGCGCCCGCGUACGCGACGUCGAACCCCUUCGCCGCCGCCGACGACGACCAGGUCGCCUGGGGCGAGGAGAAGGACGCCGUCGACAUCUAGGGCGAGGGGCGGGGGGAUCUUACUUCACUUCCAUAUU